GAGGCAGUUGUCAAUCGAAGUAAAUCGAAGUGAUUUCCUUAUGCCAACGACAUGGCCUUCCGCGCGAACCUGCUGCGCGCUGCUACACCUCUGCCUGCUGGCGCCGCCGUCACACGUCUCGGCGCGGAGGAUCGCCGGAGAGGUGACGCUAGGACCCGGACAGGCCACGGUGAUCAGCAAAUUCUGCUUCGACUUUAACCCUCAAUGCCAUGAUCAUCAAGCUUGUUUGGAACCGCCUGGAGAACUGGAUCUCACUGUCUUCUCGGCGCACGAAGCGCCUCGUCGACGGUUCCGGGAGCACCUCGUCGAGGCCAGGGAACCCAAAGUCACGGUGGCCUUGCUGGACGACGAGUAUUUCAGCUUCCCAGAAGUCUCCCAAGUCUGGGGCGAGGCGAACUGCAGCGAUGUGGCCAAGGCGGCGAAGAAGACCUUUCCGCUGGAGUGGCACCGCAUCGCUUCGGUGGCGGGACAAGCCAUGAAGACCAACGUGGUGGAGAAAAUCCGACCACGGUGGUGGUACAUCGCUUUGGCGUCCUGCUCAGAUCAUGCCUUGACGCUGAGUUUUGGGGUGAUGACCUCGAAUCCCUUGCAGGGAGCCAAUGCCCAACUCUCUAUGGAUGAGAUAGGCAUCCUGCCCGUUUGCAGCAUGGCGCUUCUGGGCUUUGGCAGCUUGUGCGCGAUUCACUUGAAGCUUGUGGCCUCAGAGAUGGGGGGAGCUUGCUCGGGGGGUCACCAAGGGCGUUUCUUUCCGCUGAUCGGGUGAGGUUUCAUGUCCCGAACUGAGUCAAUCCCCAACCCUGAGGAAGGUUUUGUUAUUUUUGGACGGUGGUGAAGUCAGGUGAAGUCAGCGCAGCGCUGAGAGGUCGGCCAUUCUGCGCCGUCGGUCAGGUGAUAUCGCUGAGAGAUCCCUUAACCGUUAACCGAGCUCAGUCUGACACCACCGGCCUUUUUUGGGGGGUGUAGAAAAUGUGUCACUUGAAAAAUAACAUCACUAUUCAUCGCUCAG